AUCAACACAGGCCCAUCUCCCUAUUGGUGAAUGAUUGAAUGCAGCCACCCGGGCUGCUCGCCUUCCGAUCCCUGGCAUGUGCGUGAUCGACAUGGGUCGUUGUCAGCUUUGAGCAUGGCCAGUGUUGUCGAAGCGUUGGUGGGUGACGUCUUGGGCUAGAACCAGCAUUGCGCCUCACCGUCAUCUAGCAGGUGUGUCACACCGACUGCGUGCCACCUCCCCCUCCUCCUUAAUCAGCCAGGCUUGCCGGUAAUUCUACAUGUAUCUGCAAGCAGCUUCCCUGGAGAACAUGAAGGAUAGCACUUCUCUUUGUCCGAUCUCAGCGUCUGCCAAAUCUCUCAGCAAACCCGGACCUUUCACAGUAACAAAAUGGAGACACUUUAUACGCUUAUUUUCCAUCGCAAGGAGGGUUUGAACGAUCUCCAGGGCAACAGAGAACGUCAAAAAUCAGGUCAACUGGUCCCUGACAAAGACAAGAUUGGAGCUCCGAAAGAUAUCGAGAUCGCCAUAGAAGACCCUGACGGUCAGGUUUUCGAGAAAGCAUCACUCGUUUUCUCUGUGAUUGAGGUCAUUCCUCGUGAUGGCGACCCGCUGCAUCGGAACUACGUCAGCAAAGAUGGAUUGCCUUCAACACAUCCCCUCCCGAAUUACACGAUUGAAGAUCCAGAGACCGUCUUCGAGGCUCUCGUUGCCCGGUCGAAAACCCACGCACUCCCCUGGGCGAAGUCCUCACAUGGAUCGUAUCCCAUGAAGAUCUUCGUGAAGUUACAUGAGGAGAAAAGAACCAAGUACCACGACCGCUUGCCGCUCCUGGUGGAGUACGAUUUUGGAACCCACUUCAAGACCGGGUCUGGAUUCAUUAUCGGCGAAGAGACGCUCGGGAUUCAGCCUUUGCCGCUGAAUGCAGAAAGACUUGCCGGCAAACGUCCCGCCCCUCGAAUUGCUACGGGCGAAGUAGAUAAAAUCGAGGACGGCCGCAUGGAGGAGCUACUCAAGAAAGUUCGCGACCUCUUUUGGGAGAUCCUUCUGGAUCGUAGUGCGAUGGGUCUAUAUCUCGCGAACCUCAUAGUAGUUGGCUGGGCAUACAGAUCGGAAGUGGUACUGAAGGAUAGGAACCGACGCGCACGCGAGAAAGGUCGAGAGGUAGGUUUAUCAGACACAUUUUCGCGCAACUUCGCUAACUGCGACAAAGGCGAUGCCGCAGCAGUCAUGGGUUGGCGCCAUCGAGCAGAGUAUGCGAGAGGCCAUCACCUUAUUGAUGCUAAAGGCCAGGAUGCAAAAGAUCAAAAGACCAAAUGUGAUCGAAGAAGUCGGCGAAGACCUUGUGAUUGGACUCGAAAAGUGGGUGGGUGCGAGGGAGUGGGCGAAGGACCACGCUUGGAAAGUUCCCUCUUGUGAAGAGAUUUGGGGGGGUGGGAAGGGGGGGUUUGUUCGUAAGUGAAGGUUGCUUUGUGGGGUCUGGACAGAAGGCAUGCUCUCAACGGGAUGUCUGUAGCACUGAUCCUCUUCAACAGUCGAUUCAGGCUGGCAUUAGUGGCCAUCUUCAGCUCGAGACGGGCCGGCUCUGCCUGGACAGGCUGUUCCCUGGGGAGAUUCUCCCCCCAACGAAGCAAGGCCAUACAAGGCCUUAAUAAACAUCAACCCAUUUCAUAGAGUGCAAGGUCAAUCGACACUCUUGCCCUCGCUUCAAGCAUGCGGCCGCACAGCCAGCUCUACGUGGCAUGAAUGAUCUCUCGA